CUUACGCAUAUAAAUCACCUCUGGUGCAAUGUACUGAAUCAUAAACGCAAAAUCAACACACAAAUCCGUAGCGUCAACAGUCACAGUACACUUGUGCGUCUUGCUAAGAGUCAGGUAUCCAGUGGUGCAUUUAGUACACUUACACCUUACUAAGGAAGGGUUCCACAAGGACGUCAGCCUCUGCGCCAUACGUCACUGCAGGCACUCUUUCUACGACACUGUAAUCCAUAUUACAGGUUACUCGUACUACACUAUAAUUAAAUCUGGGAUGAUUCCACAAUGCUGCCACAACCUUGAGCACUCUAAGCCAUCUCACUAUUGACGACCGAGUCUGGUUACAACAUGGCCAUACAGUGGAACCACAAAACCAAGGCUGGACUCAAAGGCAGGAAGGACCCUCAACUAGAGCAGUUCCAUCAAGUGAAGGCUGGGCCGCGGUGGGUGGAAACAAUCUUCAAUAAGCGGGAGUGUAUCAAGUUUAUCCCUAGCAGUAAGGACAAUGCCAGGUGUUGUUGUGGGCAGCUGUGGCAGUGUCACCGUGAUGGGUCGCCAGCAACACUCCGUCAUGGGGAGGACGUUCACUGGAGCCCCUCCAGACACACUCAACUCCUCCCAACAGAUGCAUACGGCACACUUGAGUUUCAAGGAGGUGCUCAUCCCACCAAGGCACAGUAUGUGAGACUCGCUCAUGACACACGACCAGACCAUAUCCUGCAGCUGCUAACAGGAGAGUGGGGGCUAGAUCUCCCAAAACUGCUUAUUACAGUACAAGGUGGUAAAACUAAUUUUGAUCUUCAACCCAAACUAAAAAAAGUUAUUAGAAAAGGUUUAUUAAAAGCAGCCAAAACAACUGGUGCUUGGGUCUUCACAGCAGGAACUAAUACAGGUGUUACGAGGCAAGUUGGAGAGGCACUUGUGUCAGAGUCCUCACUGAGAGUUCGCAGUGGUCGUGUUGUAAGUGUGGGAAUUGCUCCGUGGGGAAUCAUCGAAAGACGGCAGGAACUGAUUGGGCGCAACAAAGAUGUCCCUUAUCACCCCAUUAAUUCUCCAAAAUCUAAAUUUGUUGCACUGAACAGCCAUCACACAUUCUUCUUGCUUGUAGACAAUGGAACAGUGGGAAAAUAUGGACCUGAAUUGAUCCUGAGACGAAAAUUAGAACACUAUAUUUCCAAACAACGUAUUGAAGCUCGUGGUGGACUGGCAACCCCUGUUGUAUGUGUUGUCAUAGAAGGGGGACCCCAGACAAUAAGACAAGUUCUAGAAUAUGUCACCGACUCCCCUCCAGUCCCUGUUAUUGUUUGUGAUGGAACGGGGCGUGCAGCUGACAUCCUGGCAUUUGUCCAUAAAUAUGCUUCCAGCGGGCUGAAUAUGAUCGAAGCAAACCGUGACACCAUUUUAUUAGCACUUGAGAGGGUGUUUGAGCUCAGACCGCUACAAGCAGAAAAACUCUUCGCCGAGAUCUUGCAAUGUGUUCGCAAGAGGGAUCUCAUCACCGUCUUCCGUUUGAAAGAAGGUUCCGAGUUAGACCAAAGCAUACUCUCUGCACUAUUGCAUGCUCAGAGACUCAACCCGCCUGAGCAACUGUCCCUGGCUCUUACGUGGAAUCGAGUGGACAUAGCCAGAUCUCAUGUUUUUAUUGAAGAUGUUGAGUGGUCUCAAGGUGCCUUGGAACAAGCAAUGAUGGAUGCACUAGUGAAUGAUCGCAUAGAGUUUGUUAAGCUUCUCCUGGAACAAGGUGUUACUAUGAACAAGUUCCUUAGCAUCCAAAAACUUGAAGAACUUUAUAAUUCAAAAUGUGGACCAUCUAACACAUUACGCUACAUAAUCCGUGAUGUAAAAAAGAAUAUACCUCGCGAUUACCGCUACACACUAAUAGACAUUGGCCUUGUUGUUAAUAAAUUAAUGGGCGGUGCAUACAGAUCAUAUUACACACGUAAAAAAUUUCGCACAGUCUAUGAAAAUACAAUGAUGAAAUCUCCACGGCUUCUUCGUAACAAUAGUAGCAUUUUUCAAGCUAGCAAGAGUCUACUUCAAAAGAAUUACAACAGCUCUCCAAAGUCUUAUUUAAGUCAAGGCGAUAUGUAUUCCAAGUUUGAGUUUGAUUACCCCUUUAGUGAACUACUGGUUUGGGCAGUGUUGACCAAGAGACAAGGCAUGGCAAUGUUGAUGUGGCAGCAUGGUGAGGAAGCAAUUGCGAAAGCUUUAGUAGCAGCUAAGCUCUUCAAGGCAUUAGCACAUGAAGCUGCUGAUGAUGACUUAGAGACUGAAGUCUAUGAAGAGCUAAAAGGAUAUGCCAAAGAAUUUGAAACCCUUGCUCUAGAAGUGCUGGACUUCUGCUAUCAACAAGAUGAUGAUCGUGCUCAUCAGCUUUUAACUUACGAAUUAAGAAACUGGUCUAAACAAACUUGCCUCUCCUUGGCUGUUGCUGUCAAUCAUCGAGCCCUGUUAUCACACACAUGCUGCCAGAUACUCUUAGCAGACCUCUGGCUAGGUGGACUCAGGACAAGAAAAAAUACUAAUAUAAAGGUCAUGCUUAGUCUUCUCUUCCCACUACUAGUCCCUCUUUUGGGAUUCCGAAGUCGAGAGGAACUCAAGACAAUGCCACAGACUCGUGAAGAGCACCAAUACGAUGACCCAGAGAGAUCCUCUGGCUCAGAAAGUGACACAGAAUCAGAGGAAGACAAUCUUGAUAUGAGACACGAUCAUGAUCCAGAGGCACAGCUGGUCAACUCUGUGUCGCUUCACUCUCACCCCGUCACCCCAACCCUCCAAACUGAGGCACCACUAUGCAAUAGCAACACAAAUGCACCGCAUUCAAGUACCCUGUUGGCUCCACCUCCCCAACAUGAGAAUUCUGAUACAGUGGAUGGACAUGGCACCCCAGUCAGACAAAAUGGGGUGUCUAUGAGCCAUGUAUCUCAUCUGGACUCAAACAUUUUCAAUGACCUCCACUCAAAACAGCUGCCAGCAAGAACAAAGUUUUAUGAGUUCUACAAUGCUCCCAUUUCAAAGUUUUGGGCUCAUUCAAUGGCAUAUGUGUUCUUUCUUUGCCUCUACACAUACGUUGUCUUAGUUAAACUUCCUAUGAAACCAGACUGGAUGGAAUGGUAUGUUAUUGCCUACAUUUCGACCCUCAUCCUUGAAAAAAUACGUGAAAUACUUUCAACAGAACCUAUUGAACUCAGGCAAAAAAUAGCAGUGUGGUCUGAUAAGCUGUGGAAUGUGUGUGACAUGACUUUUGCUGUUCUCUUCAUGAUUGGCAUGACCUUAAGACUUCAAGAACAAACUAUGCAAACCGGACGUAUCAUAUAUUGCGUUGAUAUUAUAUACUGGUAUUUAAGAAUUCUUGAGAUCUUAUCUGCCAACAAGUACCUCGGUCCACUGGUGAUGAUGAUGGGAAAGAUGAUUAAAAACAUGGCAUAUUUUGUUGUGCUGCUCCUGGUUGUGCUGAUGGCAUUUGGUGUCUGUCGACAGAGUAUUCUCUUCCCCAAUGAGGAGCCACAUUGGAGACUUGCCAGACAUAUAUUUUACCAGCCAUAUUUUAUGCUGUAUGGAGAAGUGUUUGCUGGUGACAUUGAUCCUGACUGUGGUGGCGAGGGUGAAAUCCCGUGUCAUCCUGGCCGCUGGAUCACUCCAACAGUCAUGUCCAUGUAUUUGUUAGUUGCUAAUAUUCUUCUCAUCAAUCUUUUAAUUGCCGUUUUUAACAAUAUAUUCAUAUCCGUCAACUCCAUUUCUCGACAAGUGUGGAUGUUUCAAAGAUUUCAGGUUGUAAUGGAGUUUGAAGGAAAACCCGUAUUUCCUCCUCCUCUCAUCAUCAUUUCACAUAUUCAUCGCAUCAUAAAGUACUGCUUCAGAAGAUGGAAAGGAAAACCUUUCUUGUAUGACAAUGGUCUGAAAAUAUUUCUUGAUGGCGAGAGUCUUGAGCGUCUUCAUGACUUUGAGGAAGAGUGCAUGGAUGGGUACAACAGGGAAAAAGAACAGAAGGAACAGAUGAGUACUGAGGAACGUGUCCGUGUCAUGGCAGAACGAACCGAGGGUCUAACGCAACGAAUUGAAGACAUGCAUACCAAGUUUGUUGCAGCAAUGACUUCAGUUAACAAUCUUGACUUCCAUGUAAAACGAUUAGAAGAGACAGUGGAGCAGACUAAAAAUAGCUAUGCUGUGGUUCACCGCUUUAUGCUUAGUCAUGUUGGGCAUAAAAGAUCAACUUCUCCUUGUUCAGGUUCAGGUACCCCACAUUCAGAAGGAGGAGGAUGUGCAUCACGCUCUGUAUCACAGACUAGUCUUCAUCGAAUGUUGGAAGAAACGUCCCAGCAAAUGUCCCGGAGACUUACUCCUGAGCCAGAAGUCAGUGAAAAGGAAAUGAGUGAUACUUAUGAUGCAGAACAUGAAAGUCAAAAACACCUCAAAUCUUCAUCAAAGGUCUUAUGUUUUGGAGAACCUUUGAAGACUUCAAGUCCAACAGGCACAAUGGAAGUGUUUAAACUAGAUUCCAUUAGUUCUGUAAAUACUAGAAGAACAAAAGCUCAGAAUCGUCGCUCAAAACAGAGAUUGGAUUCUGAAUCGGGAAGUUCUCUGGGUCAUGCAUCACGAGAGCGAAAGCUCUCUGGUGGAAAGAAAAGUAGUAUUCGUAAUUCUACAAAACAUAGUGAUGUCAUAAAGGCUUUCAGCCCCUCUAAGGUAUGUUUCAGGGAUAUAGAUAUUGAGGAUGAUUCUGACUCUGGAGAAGGUGAUCCAGGGACUAGAAAGCUGAGUGCAGAAGAGGAAAUGCAUCUCAGAUACAUUAGAGCCAUAACGUCUCCUGUUGUUGAGGCUGCUGUGCUUCAUUCACCACCUAAAUAUGAAAGGAGUUUAUCUACCUCUUCCUGUCGACCUAGAAUCCAAGUAAUUCCACCUACAUCACCACCUCCAAUUUUCACAUUUACCAGUGAAUAUACUAGUUUGGCAGAUGAGCUGGAGACUGUUUGUAUGUCCAGAUUAUCUCCUCCGUCAUCUCCUCACUUACAUUAUGCUGGAAGGGUGGUACCACAGUUGCGACAACACCAUUGUUCCGAUUCAGUUCCAAUAUCCAUUACAGUUAGUUCUAAUCCUUUGCGUGAUGCAGAAGAAGCCGAUUAUCAACUAAUGGAAGGCUUAAUUCAACGAAGAAUGCACCGAGAUUCAGAAAAUUUAGCUGUUUCUCUGGAGGAUCUCUGCUCUGUGAGAACAGAUGUCUCUGACUCUGAAGAUGGAAUAAAUCCAUUAAGUAUUCGGAGAGAUUCAAGAGCAACAGAACUUCGAAAGCGUCACAGCACAACCAGUAUUGAUAAUAACCCUUCAGAAUUGUUAUCUGUACCUGGAUCUGUCCAGUUAUCUUCCUUACAGACCAUAAACCAACUUUAUCAUUCGUCUUCACUAUGUGGCAAAGGUACUCGGCUAGCAUCCUCCCAACCGGGUAGCCCAAGUGCACGUCGGUCUUCCUUAUGUGAGGAUAUUCACAUUCAGUGGGCUUCCUCUGGUGCUUUGCCAGUGUUUGGGGAAUGGCUGACACCAAGAUCUUCUCCCCGUCCAUGUUCACCACCAUUUGUACAACCUCAGACCACAUCUGUUUAUACAACACCUACUGAUUCUGCAUCACAGUCAAGAGACCUUCAGCCAUCUAUGGCUACACUUCAGGUGCCUGUUGUCAGUGAAACAGAAGGCAGACCAAAAGACAUAAUCACAGAAACAGAGUGUUAAAAUAUAGAAAAAUCCUUCAGAAGCACAUUUCUGAAAAGUUGUCCACGUAGGUACAUCAGACAUGUGAACAAUUAUGGGUAAUGGAUGGAAAUUGUUAUCCAAUUAAUACAUUUCUUUUUGUAUAAUUUUCUUAAAUUUAUCAAGGUAUGUGAUGGUAUGAAUGACUUUUACACUUUAAAUAUUUAUUUUUUUAUAUAAUUAAAUUAUUAUACAAUAUUGAUAUAAGAAAUGACAUAAUAAUAAAUGGUUAGACAUGAUAAACUUUUUAAAAUACAGCAUACAGUUUUCUCUAUUCUUAUGUAUAUAUCAUUAGCACAGAUAAAGUAGUCAAAUUAAUGAGAAGCCAUAUUGAAUGUUUUAUCAUAUGUCAACACCAUAGGCAAAAAAUUUCCCUCAAAAAAUUAUGGAAAAGCUGCAAAUAUUUUCCAAGGACUACUAUAAAUUAAUACAUUCUCAUCAUAAUUAAGGAUGCUGGAGCCUAGCAUAUAUAUUUUUUAGCUUCAACUGAAGUUAAACUGAUGUUUUGUUUUCGUCAGAAUUUCUUGAUUUCAAGCAGCUGACAAAACUAAUUGUUCACACACAUUCCUUAACCCAAAUACUGCUGCCAUUACCCUCAUGUGGUUGGACAUGUGAUUCCAGUCGCCUUGAGGCAAUUUCUGUUGCUCUGCAAUAUUUUUAUGUCCUGCCAGUUCUAUGAGGACAUCAUUCACCACUCCAGAUCUCUGAUGAUUGCAUACUACAGUAUAUUAGAAAAAUAAUGAGAGAAUUUAUUACAAAUACAGUAGUUAACUUGAAUAUUAUCCCCUCAGAAUAUCAAUACUGUAUGCGGCACUAACAUCCAUGAAUGUGAGUCUGGGGGUAGGGGGGGGGUGACUGACAUGAUGCUGCUAUGACAACAUAUUCACACUUUGAUUUGCCAAUUGGAGCAUAUGUGUUGCAACAAUAUUGUAUUUUUCUGAAAAUGUAGGGAUAAAGGUUGGGGGUGAUGAUGCAAUAGCACUACCUUCUUCAGUAGUCAUGGUGGAAAAAACUGUUUUCAUGUUGCCAAUUGAACCUUUGCUUCCACAAGCUACAGAAUGUGAUGAAUAUAGUGAUAUUGUGAUCUGUGCUGAUCUGCCAGUGAUGAUCAUUCAGAAUGUUGGUGAUCACUAUGCAAGCUGUAUUUCAUGACUAUAAUGGAGAUGAAUAGAGAGAAAAUGUUAUACCUUCAGAUACUAAAUUUCAUGAAAAUAAUAUUA